AUGCCUCCGAAGUCUGCGGCGAAGUCGCCUGCUGCGGCGUACUCACAAUCCACAUCACCUCUUACCCAACGAUACCUCUUACUCUACAAUGGCGUGGCUUUCGCGCUCUGGACAACGGUCACACUCCGAGCACUGUCACUCAUUCCCGUCCUUGUCUCGCAUGACAAACUACACGGCCUUUACCCAGCACUAUUUCCUCUGCUAAAAUGGACACAAACAAUUGCUCUCCUCGAAGUCGUGCAUGCAGUGCUUGGCCUGGUGCGAGCGAGUGUGUUCACUACAGUCAUGCAAGUUGCUUCGCGCAUUCUCGUGGUCUGGGGCAUCAUGGACCUUUUCCCGUCUGUCAUAAUCACCAAGGACAUAUGGGGUAGGGACGCUGCCGGGGCGAAAGGCACUCCGUACGCCAUGGCUGGCUGCGUCCUUGCGUGGGGCAUCACGGAGAUCAUUCGAUAUGGCUUCUUUGUGUGGAAGGAAGGCGUUAGCGCGAGGAUUCCAAGCUGGCUGACUUGGCUGAGGUACAACACAUUCUUCGUCUUGUAUCCGAUCGGCAUUAGCAGUGAAUGCUGGCUGAUCUACAACGCGAUCGAGCCAGCAAGGAAGAGUUACCCAGGACUUGAGUGGGUGUUUAUAGGUGUGCUUGUUGUCUAUGUACCCGGCAGCUACAUCUUGUACACGCAUAUGAUGAAGCAGCGGAGGAAAGUGCUGAAGGGCAAGCAGAAACAGAAGUAG